UGGGAGGGCCCCGGCUUGCGGAGGGAGACGUGGAGCUCAGACGCGCAGAGCGCCGCCCAGGCAGUGGGGUGGCUGGGAGACCUUGGCGUGCGGUCUCGGUCCGGACCUGGUCCAUCAUGUCGAAGGUUUCCUUUAAGAUCACACUGACGUCGGACCCGCGGCUGCCGUACAAAGUACUCAGUGUUCCCGAAAGUACACCUUUCACAGCAGUCUUAAAGUUUGCAGCAGAAGAAUUUAAAGUUCCUGCAGCAACAAGUGCAAUUAUUACCAAUGAUGGAAUAGGAAUAAAUCCUGCACAGACUGCCGGAAAUGUUUUUCUAAAGCAUGGUUCAGAACUGCGAAUAAUUCCUAGAGAUCGUGUUGGAAGUUGUUAAUAUCUGCUGCUUGGAAUAUACAGUUACCUUUCCAAAUAAAUAUUGGUGUUAUUAUCAUUGUAAAAUUGGAAUCAGGAUUUAAAGCACUGUGGAAACACCAGUAGUAGAUGCAGGAAUGCAGGGUGACUCUCCGUCCCUUCUUGUGAUUCACACUCCUCCUCGCGUGAAGAGGAGACACGUCGGCACCGAGGUGUCAUCGCCGCAGGAGAGCAUGGGCUUUCGUUGCUGCCUCGCAGCACACGCAGGUUGUUCACUGGGGGGAAGUGGGUUAUCCAGCUGUGUUUCAUAACUGGAGGAUGCAUCUGAUAAAUUGUUUUGGAGAAAAUUUGAAAAUUAAAAUUUACUGAAUAUUAUUCCAUUUGUCUUUGAGUUAAAAAUGUGAAAAGAUUAUGGAUCUGCACAGGGCAUUUUGCUUGAGAGCAUCUGACUUACGCAAAAAUAGUUGAUUCUUCAUUAUAUAUCGUUGAUGAUAAAGGAUUGUGUCAGUGAAUACUUAACAAUGUUAAGUUUUUAUCAUUUAUCUUGUUUUUAAGUUUCAAAUGUCAUGUGUUCAUAUAAAUUUUAAUUUCAUAUCUAAGAGCCAAGAAUUGAGUGUUUGAUCUGGCCCGUACGUGUAGAAUUGAUACCCACACCGAAGAGCUUUAGCUGUGAUCUUGCAGAAUCCAAUGCUUGUGAAGGUGAGAAUGGAAAGUAAAAGUAGAAGCGUUGGUUGCUGAAUGACACAUUCCUCUAUCGAUCUCUUUUGAUAUAAUUUGAAAACAGGAAUCCUCAAGAAACCUUCAUCUCUUUGAGGAUAAUAUUUCUAAAUAACUUUCAGGGAGGAGGUACUGUAGGAGGAGCUGAAGUUCACAGCAGAGCUCAAGGCAGUGCUAAUUGAAGUGCUAACUAAUCACACUUAGUGCAGACCCAACAUUUGAGGAGGCGUUAAGAUUAGUUACUGGAGGAAUGAGAAGCCAGAAGGGAAGAUGGGGAAGCCCAGCUGCCCAGUCUUCUAGUAGGAAGGAAAGAAAGAAACAAGAAGUGAAGGGGAGCCGGAAACUGUAACAGUGUCAGGAAAGGCCAGACUGCAGACGAAAAUGCAAAGGCUGCUUUGGGAAGAACUGAGGGACAGCAAAGUUCUUGAUGUCGUUAUAAGGAGCAGAAGGCACUGAGAGAAAGCGAAGUGUAAGCCUUGUCAACAGAUUUCAAAACUCCCCUUAGGAGAACCCAAAGAAUGAUACGCAUAAGGGAAGACUGUGCCCGUAGAGAAGACAUCAGCAUCUUUGCAAAUCUUGAAAGGUGAAUCGAACAUCUCACGGUGAUUCAGAACCAGUGCUUGACUUGCCGUAUUCGAGAUGGUGAGCUGUGGAGGCAGGCCUGUGUCUGUCUGGCUCUUUCUAGGCCUGCUAAUGUAGGCUUUCGAUAAAUUCUUGUUGAAUUAUUCAUGAGUAAAGUAUCUCUAAGAUCAGUUUUUAUCUAAGCAUGCAUAGGCCCUUGGUUCAUUGGGAAAAAAUAUUAUGCAGCAGAAUCAGUAUCUGAGGGUGAUGGUUAAGUUUAAGAAACUAACUAGAAUUGUUCAUAUAUUUGACAGAUGAACAGCAGGAUUCUGAAUUGUAAGCAAAAAAAAAAAAGUGCUGAGGAAGAAAAGUAUACUGCUAAUGUUUGGGGAGCUUUUUAAUUUUAUAUACAAGAUUUGAUGCUUAAAGAUCCCUGGUCCUUCACAACAUUAAAUUCAGUUAACCAGAAAUUUAUGAAUAUCCAUUCCUUGAAUUGUAUGCUUUAUUUAGAUUUCCCUCCAUUCUGUUUCUAGCACAAAAUCCUGCCCCACUGUGUUAUAUAGAUAAGUUUUAUGAUGUCCUGUACCGUAAUUUGUUUAAUGUUUUUGUUCUUUGGCUUGAAAAUUUUAUUGCGGUAAGUUCUUAAAAACGUUUCCCUAAAGAAUUAGACAUUUUGUUAUUAAAUAAAUGUGAUCUGUAACUUUGUGCAGAACGUUUUGAAGUAUUCAGUUUAAAUGUUUUAUUGAUACGUAAUAUCUUAUGAAAAUACAUUUUCUUUUACCAUAAA